UUCAUGUCGGGAGAGCGCACCGCGAGUCCAACCUGAACCUCUCCACGCUCCGGAGCGCAAAGGAAGAUGUUUCUCGAAUCUUAAGGCUUCACAGACGUCUGUAGUGGGUAAUUGACAAGAUUUCAAUCAGCAGCAGCAUCUUUUAUCCGUUGAAAGGACAAGCCAAGUGCCGAUGUAUCGAUGAAUUUCUCCGGGAAACUAACAAACGCCCUCCUGCUGGUGCUCCUAGCAGCGCAAGGCUGUUUUUCAUCAAAGGGGGAGGACAGAUUAUUUCGGAGAUUGUUCAGGAGGUACAACCAGUUCAUCCGACCAGUGGAGAAUGUCUCAGAUCCAGUCACAGUGGAGUUUGAGGUUUCCAUAUCUCAGCUGGUCAAAGUGGAUGAGGUGAAUCAGAUUAUGGAAACUAAUCUGUGGCUAAGACAUGUCUGGAACGACUACAAACUGAAAUGGGCCCCUGUUGAGUACGAUGGAAUUGAGUUCAUACGAGUUCCAUCCAAUAAAAUUUGGAGGCCAGACAUUGUUUUGUACAACAAUGCUGUAGGUGACUUCCUUGUGGAAGACAAGACCAAGGCUCUGCUUAAGUUUGAUGGCACCAUCACUUGGGUUCCUCCAGCUAUUUUCAAAUCCUCCUGCCCCAUGGACAUCACCUACUUCCCCUUUGACUAUCAGAACUGCUCCAUGAAGUUUGGGUCCUGGACCUACGACAAAGCCAAGAUCGACCUUGUGCUCAUUGGCUCAAAGGUGAACCUGAAAGACUUCUGGGAAAGUGGAGAGUGGGAGAUUAUUGAUGCACCAGGAUACAAACAUGACAUCAAGUACAACUGCUGCGAGGAGAUCUACCCAGACAUCACCUACUCCUUCUACAUCCGCCGCCUGCCUCUCUUCUACACCAUCAACCUUAUCAUCCCCUGCCUCCUUAUCUCCUUCCUCACUGUGCUGGUCUUCUACCUCCCUUCCGACUGUGGCGAGAAGGUUACCCUGUGUAUCUCAGUCCUCCUCUCCCUCACUGUGUUCCUGCUGGUCAUCACUGAGACCAUCCCCUCGACGUCACUCGUCAUCCCUCUGAUUGGCGAGUACCUCCUCUUCACCAUGAUUUUUGUCACGCUCAGCAUUGUCAUCACUGUCUUUGUGCUGAAUGUCCACUACCGCACCCCCAUGACACACACUAUGCCGGAGUGGGUGAGGUCUGUGUUCCUCGGGGUGUUACCCAGAGUGAUGCUGAUGAGGCGGCCUAUUGACCAGAGCUGCUCCUCCCCUGCCAGCAUCACGGGAGGGAUUGGAGGAGGGAGCAGCGGGGGAAACAAGAAGAGAAAGAACAGCAUAGGAUCAGGAAGCGGCUCAGGAAGUGUAAGUGUUGGGGGUAUAACUGGGGGUGUAGCGUGUCCACCGCUGGAUGGUGGGGCAGGAGGAGGAGGUGCCACUUCAGCUGGGGGCUCCAUGAACUGUGUGGAAUACGGUGAGAUGAACCGUGACAUGAAUCGUGACAUGAACCGUGACGUGAAUCGUGAAAUGAACCGGGAUAUGAACCGGGACAUGAACCGGGAUAUGAACAGGAGGUGCCCCUACAGAGGCAAGGAGGUACCAACUCCUGUCCCUCCUCCAAUGGUGCCACCUCCUCCUCCUCCUCCACCACCUCAGGCACCACCGACCCAGGGGCCCCAGGAGUCAGAACUGCCCAAGCUGACGAGGCCCCUGAACACCCCCUCACCUGUCAACGCUGUUGUUGCCUUCUCCGUGGUGUCGCCAGAGAUCAAGCAGGCCAUAGAAAGCGUGAAAUACAUCGCAGAGAACAUGAGGACUCGCAACAAAGCUAAAGAGGUGGAGGAUGACUGGAAGUACGUCGCCAUGGUCAUCGACAGGAUCUUCCUGUGGGUUUUUGUGACAGUGUGUGUGCUGGGAACAGUGGGACUCUUCCUCCAGCCACUCAUCAGCUUCUUAAAAUGAGACGCACAUCUUCGUCUUGUCUCGUUCUCUCUCUUUUUGUCUUCCUCUGUCUGUCUCUGUACCCCACUUGAAUUACUUUGGGAAUUAUCCCUCCUGCAGCUCUUUCACAUCAAACACCAAAUUGUCUUUUUUCUCCUUCUUCUGGUGUUUUGUCUCUUUUCUCUUUGUCUCAUGCUCUUCUCUGGGACUCCAUCAUCAUCCAUCACUUUUAGCCCUUCAGCUGUCAGUUUCCUCACAUGACUUACCCUGAUUUCCCCAUUUCAUCUUUGCUUUGCCCUCUCAAUGUGCACGCAAUACUGUUACCAAGUCUCCUCCUCCCCAUCACACUUUUCUCUGACAUGAUUAUCACAUCUGCUCUCCUUUCCUCCUUCCCUGUCUCGGUUUUCUCCUCCCCUGUGCCAUGUUUUGACCUGCCACUGCCUGCAGCUUAUCUCUUCACAGCCAUCUUUUCUUUCCCAUUGUGUUUAUUCUUCUCUGCAUUUACAUUUUGUGUGUUUUACAAAAAAUGUCAUUGCUAUUGUACAGUCUUAAUACAAUAUGUUUAACAAGGUCAGGUAAUAAUUAAAGUUAUUAUUAUUAUUAAAAUUGCUAUAGAGGAACCUCUUAACAUACAAAUCACUGAAAGAGAGGAACCUUAAUACCUUCAUGAGUUUUGCAGUGAGACUUUGUCAUAGUAAGCCAGUGCAAUUUGCUUUUGAGAAAUGUGGUACAGUAUGUCAGUUUAUAAUUUGUAGGUUAAAGGGGACCUAUUAUGCUUUUCCUUAUCGUCUGUCAUAUAUAUUUAAUCUUAUAAUGUCUCAUUCAUACUAAACUUGGCCAAAGUUUCAGGUAAUAAAGUAAACACAUGUAAAAGUUAGCCAAAACCUCAGGCUUCAGACCAUUCUUAAUACUCUGUUUACUUUUACUUUUUUCUACUUUGGCUCAAACUAAUGUCAGAUUAUGACACAUUUCUUUAUAUGGUCAUCAGCUUCUGGAAUGUUACUGCAGGGUUUUACAUUAUUUAGACUACACUGGUACAUGUAGCUACAUGCAAACGUCAGGGAAACAUGAAAUCUCAGUUGCAGAUGUUGUAAAUUUCUUUGUGUUUUUUCAGAUAAUACUCCUGCUGGACCAUGUGCUGUUGUGUUAGAAGCUUUUCUCGGUUAUUUGUGACGGGAGAAAGUGUUGCUAUUCUCCACUGUGGUCAUUACCUGGUUGCAAGUACACUACUAAGCUAUGUAGCGUCGUGCUAAUGUCAGGGAAACAUGGUUGCUGAUAUUGUUAAUUCCUCCUGGCUUUUGGAUCAUAUUCCUGCUGAAAUAAGCUUUUAUUAGUGAUUUUUCAUGAAAGAAAGUGCCACUAUACACUGUUACGCCUAUUCCCUAGCUGCAAGUACAAUGUUACAUGUAGCUUUAUGUUAAUAUCAGGAAAACAUGUAAUCGUGGUUGUCAUUUUUGUAAAUUUCUCAUGGAUUUCAGAUCAUAUUGCUGCUGGAACACCUUCGGUUGUGUUAAGUCAGCUUUUAUUGGUGAUUUUUAACAGGAGAAAAUGUGGCUAUACACAGUCACCCUCUAGCUGCAAGUACGCUGCUACAUACAGCGACAUGCUAACAUCAGGGAAACAUGUAAUCUUGGUUGCUAGUGCUGUUAAUUUAUUUCCGAUUUGGGGUCAUAUUCCUGCUGGAAUAUGUCCUGUUUUGUCCAAAAGCUUUUAUUGGUGAUUUCUCUAUGUAGAAAGUUCUGCUGUUCUCUGUUAUAGUUAUCCCUCUGCCUCAAGUACACUGCUACAAUGUCAGGGAAAAAUGUAAUCUUGGUUGCCGAUUUUGUAAAUGUCUCCCUGGUUCUGAAUCAUAUUCUUGCUGGAACUUGUCUGGUGAUGUUUAGAAGCUUUUAUUGAUGGUUUUUUUAGCCUACUGUAGAGCAUGUUGCCAUUCUCUGUCACAGUCAUUGCCACAGCUACAAUGAUAGUGCAGAGAUGCCAAGAAGCCGUAGACCCAAAAAUGCUAACCAUUCGGAGUGCACUUGGCUUUUUUGGGAAGGGGACCUUAAAGAGACAGGCACUAAAACAGAGCGUCUCAGACAAAGGGUGAAUACAGGUGUUUUUACAGACAGUAUAGGAAUAAUUGAGUGUUUUUUGACCAUUAAAGCAUGUAAACAUGUUCUAGCAGAAGCCUAAAAUAUAACUUUGAGCAUGAAAAUCAGAAUAAUAGGUCCCCUUUAAAGACAAAUGCUGACAGCUGGUUAUAGUAUUUUUUGAUGUUGUGAUGUGAAGGUCAUCUGAUGGCUGUCACUUUUUCUUCAGGAUGUUUAUUUCCUGUUGUUAGUGUUUCCCCUGUACAUAAGUUUGUAAAAUACAAAAGAGUUGUGCAUGGCUUCUAAAAAGGACGCUGGUGACAUGGCUGUAGGCUACACACAUGAUGUGUUUAUCACGGGUUCACACUAAGUAUAAUUAUGCAUCACACAUGAAUUUCAUCGGCUGCAAACCUACAAUGUAUAGAAACACUCUGACUUGCACAAUGUAGAUUAAACUUGUAAAAAGACUUAUAAGG